CACCCGCACUAGCAGUUCAGAUUUUAACUGAACAGUAACCACCUGAAGGUAUAGGAAUAAAAAAUGUCUGAAAGUCAAGACCUCGAUCAGUUCAACGCCGAUGAACUACAGCCUCCGAGUUGGCUUAACGCCGAAUUUAUUGGUGAUAUUCUACGGCAGUACGAGAAGUCUCCGGAACUUAAAGUGACCGAGUUGAAAAUCUCACCUGCGACUGCCCAAGGCGAUCACUAUGCAAGCAUUAUGUUCCGGACCCUAGUCGAGUACUCAAGCUCCAAGGGGAAGCACUCGAAACCACUCAUUGUGAAGACAAUGCCGGAGCAGGAAGGUCACAAAAAGGACAUGUUGAGUGAUUCUCACAUGUUUGCCACUGAAAUAGGAAUGUACUGCCAUGUUCUGCCGGAAUUCGAAAGGGUUCUUCGGGAAGCAGGCGAUAAUGCCAAGCUCAACGCAGUCUGUAUCUAUCACAGCUUAGAGCCGCGGGAGGUAAUGAUUUUCGAGGAUCUGGUUCCGCAAGGAUACUCGGUUAUCCGGAAUCGUCCUGUGAAUGAGGCCGAAUUAAAACUAGUCUUUGAGAAGCUGGCAAAAUGGCAUGCAGUAAGCAUAAAGCUUUUAAAUGAACGCCCCGACUUCCUAAAGGAGUUUAAGUAUGGAGUCUUCGACUUGCCAACCUUCGAUAGUGAUCCCUUCAUAACCACCGGAAUGGCAAGCUUUAUUGAAAUGUUGGACGCGACUCCCGAUCUUAAAGAGUAUAAGCCACAUUUCGAAAAGGUCUUGGAUUAUUAUCUAAAGAAAACUGAAGAGGAAUUAAAGGAAUACUCUACAAAUAGGCAAAGCGAUGCUUACUAUGUCCUUUGCCAUGGCGACUUUCACCUGCGCAAUAUGAUGUUCAAGGACACUGGCACUUUGAAGGAUGUCAUGCUCGUGGACUUCCAGUUCUGCAAUUUGACACCCAUUUUUGUUGACCUUACCUACUCUAUAUACAUGCUAAUGGAACCCGAACAGCGUGCGUCCUUGGGCCACGAUUUGAUUAACUAUUACUUGACUAAUUUGGUAGACACUCUCCAGAAGAUCGGUUUCCGAGGUCAGAUGCCGACCCAAGACAAGCUUUGGCGGGAGAUUCAUAGGGGAAAGUACUAUCAUUUCUUCAUGAUAAGUACUUUACUCCCAUUGAUGGUGGCCGUUAAAUCAAACAGCCUAAAAAUGCAUGACCUACUCCAAGAUGCUGAUAUUCGAAAGAAGUCAUAUCAAUUGGACCUAUAUGUGAAUGAUGUCAGAAGGAUUCUAGCAAAAUAUGAAGAACUGGGGUAUUUUAAUGAUUUAUAGAAAGAUAAAAUUGUAUUUUGAUCAAUAAAAUAUGUUUAUUUUCUGUAAUGUAAUUUAAAUGC